UGCUGUUCCUUCUCCACCCGGCGCCUGUCCCCCCCACGGCCAGAUCCCAGUCCCAGCCCCCCGGCAGCGGCCUGGCCCCCCCCACCACCAACAUUAACAACAACAUCAACAUAAACAUUGGCAGCUCCAGCGGGGCCACGGUGAGCCGGCGGCAGCACUGCCCGUACUGCGGCCGCCACUACCGCUCGUUGGCACGCCACCUGGAGAAGCACCACGGCAACCAGCCGGAGGUCCGGGCCGCCAUGGAGCUGGCUCACCUGCAGACACACAGCUCUUCAAACGGCAGCGCCUCGCACCCCCACCCCUCGUCGUCGUCCUCCACCACUCACAGCCAUUCCUUUGCUGUCCCUCAGCCCUCGGCCUCCAACCCCGCUCCCCCCCCCCUCUUCUCCAGGGAGAGGGAGUCUCCCGCCACGCGCUCCAGCACGGGGGGCGUCUCCUUCUCCCUCUCGCUUUCGCCGCCUUCUUCUGCUCAGCCUGCAGCCGCCAAGAAGGGGCCGAGCUUACAACCCCCCAGCACAAAACGGCCCGCCCCCGCGACGGUUUCACGAGUCAAGAGUCCGUCACCCCCUCCCCCGUCUACUCCCAGAAGGGGUCGGAGGCUGAAGAGAGAGAAGCACGAAGAGCAGCAAAAGGUGGAGGUGGAAAGCUCAAGGAGCCAAGAGGAGCUGGUUCCACCUCCUACCCCUGAGCCAGACAUAGAUCCAGAUGAAGAUCUAGAGCUGAGUGGAGAAGAACACGCACCGGAGGAGAAGAACGGAGACAUUGUAAGCAUACAGAGACAUCACAUGUCUCCGCUGCUCUCGUCCCUCUCCUGUUUGGUCCUCUACCUCCGCCGCCAGCAGCACUCCUCGUUCCUCUCUCUAACCCGCUCUCCUCACUCUGCCGAGGCCUGGCGCCUGCUCUGCCAUUCCAGCCUCUCCCUUCUCAUCCUCUACAACCGCCACCGGGAAUGUGAGGUGGCCAAGCUCACUGUCCAGGACUACCGCAACCGCGUGAACCCUCUGGUCAGCUCCGGCAACAGUUCCCCAUCUGGCAUGGAAGCCCCCCUGUCCCCCUUUGAGCGCCAGGUCCUCUGUAACCUUCCGCGGGCUAGUGUUUUGGGCAAGCGUGGUCGCAUCCAGCCACUGAUUCUCCCGCCUCACUGUGAGUCCUGCCUGGACCUACUCCUUCAAACCAGCUCCAAUGUGGGCGUGGACCCAGAGAGUCCCUAUGUCUUCUCCCGGCCCUACCACUCUCCUGCCACACCGCUCCGGGGCACGGACCUCCUGAGAAACCUGGCACGAUCCAGCGGGGCCAAGAACCCCGGUGCAUUAACGGCGACGCGUGUGCGGCGGCAGGUAGCAAUACUUACUCAGCUGCUGCUGUUAGAGGAGGGCGAGGUACAGGGGGGGGCCACCAAACGGCUGGAGGAGUUCCUGGAACGGGAGUACCACGUGACCCAGAACUGCUCCACGAUCAUACGGGAUCCAGCACUGAUGGGCCGUGUGGGGCGGGUUGUUCUCUACGGAGAGAAGGAGGGCGUGCUUUUCCGAGGGAUGAGCCUCCAGCACAUCUGUCUCGAGUUGGAUGUAAUGUCCGGCAACUCAGCAGACUCCUUCUCCGAAGAUUCAGAGGCAGAGGAAAAAAAGGAAGAAGUUAAGGAGAAAGCUGAGGUGACGGUGAAGAAGAAAGGACCGGGGCGACCGCCACGGAAGAAGAGAGCGCCCAUUUCCUCCCCAGGCAACCCGUCAAUACCCAGUGUUCAUAAGAGAAGAUGCAUUCCUCCCAAAUCAGGGAAGCGUGGCGUGCUGAAGCGGCCGUGGUCAGAGGCUGAGCGUGUAGCCGUGGAGACCCACCUGAAGAGAAACCUCGUGGAGCUGCGGGUCCCGGCGAAGGCCGACUGCGAGCGCUGCCUGGAACUCUGCCCCCUGCUGGUGAGCAACCAGCGAGACUGGAGGGCGAUCAAGUUCUACGUCCACAACCGCAUCCAGCUGCUGAAGAAGCAGGGGAGGAGGGAAAGUGCCGCGUCCGUCUGCUAGGGACAGACUCAGACAGACGCGAGAGGACACGUACCAUAAUGUAUAAACCACCAGCAAUCAUAAGGAAGAGAAAAGGUGGGGUCAGGAUUGAGAAGUGUAAGAAAACGGACUACGUCUUGGUUGCUCCAGUUGAGGAUCAGUCAUUCUCCUAGUGUUGGGAUGUCCAGUGUCUGUUCUGGAUCUACUUUUAAGCUGUUGGAAAAGAUGAUGCUUAUUUUUGGUCAUCCUCUAUUUAAAUAGUUGACAGGUGAGAUAUAUGAGAGAGAGAAGGUGACAUGCAUCGUACGUCCCUGGAGUGAGAGACACCAGUCCACUAGGUUGCAGUUAGUCCUUUAGACCACCAGGACACCUUUACAGCAAAUGGUCCUCGGUCUGGGUUGCUUUCACUAAAGGCUGAUGACCAAACAUGAAUGUGGAAAGCUUUUGGAGGAAGAAACCAAUGGUCCCCAUUUUUCUUUCUUUUUUUAAAUAUCCCCACAGAUAGACUACGUAUGAACUUGUAUACUUUGUGUUUGAUAUUGACUGACCUCGUGCCCAACUGACGAGCAGAUUAAAACAAUUGUUUGGACGGUGACAUUUGGACAUCACUGAAGGGGUUUUGCACACCUCUUCUACCACGGUCAUGGUCUAGACUACUCUGUAUCGAGGCACGCCUACUUGAAUUUAUUGCGUAUCGGAAUUUUUAAAGAAAUAUUUCAGAAUCAACUUACGGUCUUAUUCACAAUGUAAAUACUUCCUAAUCUAUGGCAAAUAUACAGUAGUGAUGUGUGUGGUGUAUAUACUGUAAAUACUACCUGUACUUAUUAAAGUGUAUGACAUUU